AUGGCACAUCCAGCAUCACAAACAUUCGUCUUCCAUGAACCUACCGAUUUGGAUGUAUUUUUCCCGUUCCUGAAACAUGAUACUGACUACGGAAAGUUAUGCAUAGUUGAGGAACCAUUAGUAACCGGUUACACAACAAUGGGAAGAUUAAUUGAUGAUAUGACUAUUGAAAAGUGCUAUUUUGGUAAGCUCAGAACGAAAGAUUACGAAUUAUCAACUUUUGAUGUAGAAGCUAGCGCUUAUAGGCGAGCAAGUUCAUCCAGAAAAUUCAAUUAUUCAGUUUUUACAUUUUUAUUUCAUCUAUUGGUUUUCUGUACUAUUUCUAUAACCAGGUGA